AUGGCUCAUUAUCACAGCAUGCUAGUACUACUCCUUUCCCUCUUCCUCUCGCCGUUCCAGCGCCUUGCCGACGCAGCCACAGCCCCCCAACCAGCGCGGUUCGAGCAGGCCAUGGCGGAGACCCUUGCAAUGAGCGACGAGGCCAAGGUGCAACUCCACGCGAGGGCGCUCCGCGACGCCAUGCUCGACGACCCGUCGCUCGACGACGACGGCGAAGACGAGGGUGACGACGAGGGUGCGCGACGGCAGCUGAAGGGCGGCAUGAAGGGGCGUGACGUGGGGCUGACGCCGCCGGCGCUGAACUCGGGGCCGAGCAUGGCGGACGUCAACGGCACCUUCUUCCGCUGGGACUCCGUGUCGCCCAAGGCGUUCGUCGACUGGCGCCAGACCCGAUACAUCUCGCCCAUUCAGCGCCAAUUUGAGUGCGCGAGCUGCUGGGCGAUCGCAGCCGUCGAUUCCAUCUCCAUGAUGUGGGCCAUCACCACCAAAACAGAUCCCAUCGUUCUGUCGCCGCAGCAGGUGUGCGACUGUGCGACGAAGCAGUGCUGCAACGGCGGGUGGGCGGACUGGGCGUUUUCGUACGUGUUGUUCAACGGGGGCAUCCAGGCGGAGGAGGACUACGCGUACCAGGCGCAGGACAGCACCGUCUGCAGCCUCAACGUCUCCGCGCCCACCGCCGCCAAGAUCACGGGGUGGGAGCUGGUGCCGGCGUACAGCGCGCUGGCGCUGAUGAAGGCCGUCAGCAUGCAGCCCGUCGUCGCCUUCCUCAGCGGCUCGGAGCGCGACUUCCAGAACUACACGUCGCGCAACCGCCUGCGCAUCUACGGCUCGCCCGAGCUGCCGGGGCUGUGCACGACGAACGUGAACCACGUGGUCGUCGUGGUCGGAUACAACUACACGGGGCCCGGCCUCGCGGGCAGCUAUUGGAUCAUCAAGAACACGUGGCUGCCCGCCAUGUACCCGGUGUACUACCCGUUCGGCCCGCAGCCGGUGCGGUUCAGCGACAAGCAGCGCGACGACAGCGACGGCCGCUGGUGGACCAAGCCGCUGCCCGUCACCUCCGACGCCUGCCAGCUGCUCAUCAACCCGUGCGGCGCGGGCGAGUGCUACACGCGCAACAACGUGGCGCGGUGCGACUGUAGCGGGCCGGAGGGCAUGGUGGAGGUGCUGGGCGUGCCCACCAGCAAGUGCGUCUCGCGCUCCCCCUGCAACUCCACCAACAUCAACCCCUGCGGCGCCGGCACGUGUAACAACACCGGCAACGGCGCCUACACCUGCCAGUGCCCCGCUGGCUACGCCAUCGGCACGGAGACGGACGGGUCGCUGACGUGUGUGGGCGUGGCGGGCGGCAACACGUCAUCCCUCACCUACACCACUGUGCCAGGGGACACGUGCUCUGGCAUAGCAGCGGCGUACAACAGCAGUGUGGCGGUGCUGGCGGCGCUGAACCCGUUCCUCAACUGCUCGCUGAGGUACAUCCCGCCGGGCUUCGUGCUCUCGCUCUCCAACGCCUCCGCGCCGUCCACCAUCGUGUGCACGGCCACCUACAUGGUGUGCGCCAACGACACGUGCGCCUCGCUCACCGCCGCGCUCUUCAACGGCAGCGACGCCGCCUUCCGCCAGGCUAACCCGCUGCUCUGCACGACCGACCGCCCCUCGCUGCUGCCCUCGCAGCAGGUGUGCGCCGCUGCCGCGCCGCUGUCCGCGGCGAAUGCGACGGUGGCGCAGUGCGGGCAGACGUACGUGUCAGUGGUGGGUGACACGUGCAGUGCCGUGGCCUCCAAGUACUCCCUCGACCUCCCCACCUUCAAGUCGCUCAAUCCGGCGCUGGACUGCAGCCGGGGUGACAUCGACGCGGGCACGUACCUCUGUGUGGCCGCCAAGUCUGACAAGACGGCAGUGAACUGCACGGCAUGGUAUGCGGUGCUGCAGGGAGACAACUGCCCCAACAUCUGGAACGCCGCCAACCUCACCGAGUCCACCUUCCUCGCCAUCAACCCCGGCAUCCGGUGCCAGUCGCCGUACCUGCAGGUGGGGCAGAAGGUGUGCAUCAACUCGCCCAUCCUGCCAUCGCUCAUCGCCUCCACCAACUCCUCCUUCUCGCUCUACACCGUGAAACUCGGCGACACGCUCGCCCUCAUCUCCUCGCGCUACAUCAACCGCUGCAUGCCCACGUCGGUGUCACCCGCGGCCAUAGCAGCGUACAACAACAUCCUCGAAACCGCGGUGCUGCUCGUCAACUCCACGCUCAUCAUCCCCUGCAACGUGCGCGUGGGCGCCAUCGACUGCGGGUGUGCGACGUCGCUGCCGGUGUGCGGGUCGGACUACGUGACGUACCCGUCGUACUGCGACGCCGUCUGCAACUACGCCACGCCUGUGCUCGUCUCCGACAUCUGCACCGGCUGCAACGCCGCCUGCAUGGGCCGCGCUGGCUCCGCGCCCGCCAACAGCUCCGGGUGCACCCAGGCCAUCUGCCCCUACCCCACGUGGCCGCCGCCCAGCACCGACUGCACGCAGCUGCUGGGCGACGGGGUGGGCAAGUGCUGUGCGUAUGUGAAGACGACGUGUGAGAACGUGUGCCAGGACUUCAAGCUCGCCAUGGGGGGCACGUCCGCUGUGCAGGCCACCAACUACAAGAACUGCUACAACGCCUGCACCUGCUGCAAGCGCAUCCCGUGUGGGUUCAACUGCACCGCGCCGUCGUCAUGCUGGGAUGAGAGCCCCCGCCGCUGCUCCUACUCCCUCUCCACUGGCUACACGUGGCAGUGCGUCAACUGGCCCGCCGCCUCCCCCCUGCCCUGA